AUGACAUCAAUCGGACUGGACAUUGGUCGAUCCUGCCUCUGUUUCCUGCUGGACCUCUGGCUUACAAGCAGUCUGGGACGAGCAAUGAGCGUGAUGAUUCAAUCGGUAGUGCGACUUGCACAGCCUACUAGCUAUUCCUCUCCGUCGAAACGACAGCGAGUGCAUCAUGUAGUGGAGAAGGUGCCGGACAAGAGCAUGGAAGAAUACCUGGAGGAGGUGAGGAGGUUGUUCGAGGAGCCGUUGCAGACAGAGAAGCUCCUCGGCAUAUCACAGCAAUUGCAGAGCGAGUGUCGAGAGAGGUUACUCAAGUCGGACAUAUCUAUGCUACCAUCUUACCAACACACGCUGCCCAGUGGGCACGAACGAGGCGACUUUCUGGCUUUGGAUGUCGGUGGAUCGACAUUUCGCAUCGCAUUAAUACGACUUACUGGCAAAUCAAAACUUGGAGGCGAUAACAUGCAAGUCCGGAGAACACGAAAGUUCAUAAUCAAUGAAGAUAUACGAGGCCUGCAAGGGCAAGCAUUCUUCGACUGGAUGGCAGACAGGAUAAGCGAAAUGCUUGAAGAGUACAACCACAUCAAUGGCACAACCAAUGCACGAUUACCUAUGGGUCUGGCCUGGUCCUUCCCCAUCGAGCAGACCUCACUACGGAGCGGCAAACUUCUUGCAAUGGGCAAAGGCUUCAAGGCGACACACGGAGUCGAAGGGCAGGAUAUCAGCGAGCUGAUCAUGCAAUCCUGCAAUCGCAAGGGCCUCAAUGUCGAAAUGCGUGCGAUUGUCAAUGACGGUGCAGCCACGCUGAUGUCGCAAGCAUACCGGGACCCUUCCACACGUAUGUCGCUUAUCCUUGGCACUGGCACGAAUGCUGGAGUGUACCUUCCUGUCGAAGCGUUGGGUUCUGAUAAAUUCGGCGAACGACCAGACAGCUGGUACGAGGCAGCGAAGCAUGUCCUGGUCAACACAGAGCUCAGCAUGGUAGGCAAACAGUCAUUACCGAUCACGAGAUGGGACGAAGUGCUCAAUGCGAGACACUCCCUACCGGACUUCCAGCCCCUGGAGUACCUCAUCACGGGUCGUUACCUGGGUGAGAUUGUGCGCCUAAUACUCGUAGAAGCGAUCGAAACGUGUCACCUCUUCGGCGGACAAAUGCCCGAUCGACUGGAUGAGCCCUACGCGUUUGACUCUCGCAUCCUCGCAGAAUUCGAAAGCGACUCCAGCGUCUCGAUGGAGAAGGCGAGAAUGGAGUUCCUACAAGCACAUCCAAUGCGCUCGCCGCUACGCCACAGCGAGCUAGAGUUCAUUCGCGAGAUCGCACGGCUGGUCUCCCAAAGAGCAGCAGCGUACCUCGCCACGGCUUUGCACGCGUUGUGGACAGUUCGGACAGAGUCCGAAGGCUUGUCUCUUGGCGGAGCGACACAUGUCACCGUUGCAUGUAACGGCACCAUUGUUGAGAAGUAUCCUUGCUACAGAGAGCUAUGUCAACGGCGACUUGACGAGCUUUGUGUACUUUCUGGAGCAUUGAAGGGUGCUGUCACCUUGAAGAUGGCGCCUGAGAGCUCCAUCUUUGGUGCCGCUGUUGCGGUGGCGUGUCUAGAGGAUGCGUGA